UGUUCAAGGGGAAAGGAUUGCGCAUCGAAGUGAGAAGCUGCUUCGAGAAUGGGUUGCAAGAGUAGUGUUUUGGAAUGUGUGGAGGAUACAGGGGAGGAAAAGAGAAAAGAAUCGGAUAUGAUGGAGCAAGGAUUCCUAUUUGAAAAGACAGAGUACGAUAUUUUGAGAAGAAAAUCGUCGUUCGAGGAUGUUGAUGAUGAAAAAAAUGCAGAUUAUUCAACAUUGAUAGGAUCCCAUGAUACUGAACCCCAUCCGUUAACGAACAGUGUUCCUAGUCUCAUAAAAAUAUUACUGGUCUUCCCCAAAGAUGAUCAACAAAUGGAUAUCCUUGCCACUACUUCGAGGCGUUUGGGAUGGAGCGUGUCAGUUGCGAAAGACGCGGAAAAAGCACUCGAAUUCUUCCAGGCUCGAGGCCACGAGUUAGUGAUCAUCGAUCAUCGGGGGCAACGCGCUGCAGAAGCUGACAUUAUUUGUAGAGCAAUCAGGGCUAGUCCUUUUUAUUACAAUUCCAUAAUUAUAGCUCUUGUAAAAAAAUCGUAUCUCAUGCAUAGCGAAAGUGAAAAAAUCGUAACAUUGGAUUUACUGGAAAUAGGAUACACUAAAACUUUAAUGGAAUGCGCUCACGAAAGAAUCUUAAUAAACGAAUUAGUAGGAAUUUAUACUAGCGGAAUAUUACCGAGGACACAACUGGUUGCUGCCAACAUGCUGUAUAUGGCUCUUGACAGAUGUCGUGACAUGAUUCAUGUGACGGACGAUAAAUAUAUUAUACAGUUUGCUAAUAAAAUUAGUGAAAAAAUAUUAGGCUACAGGGUUAUUGAACUUUGGGGCAAAAACAUUACAGAUUUAAUUUUGUAUGAUAAUUUUAUUCAAAUGGAGCAACAUAUAAUCAAAGGCCGAGAAUAUGAUGGGAAUUUAAACUGUAUUCGAAGAAACAAUCAAAUGGUAACAGUUAAUUGCAGGGUGAUACCUUUUGCCUAUUUCAAAAAACCGACUCAUUAUAUUUUCAUAUAUGAUACAACAUAUUUGUCAGAAAAUAUUCAGCCCCUGCUUCAGCCCACUACUCAUCCAAAAACUGUCGUUAUAUCUCAAAAAAGAAUAUCUGAAGUCAAUUUCAAAGGAAUUCAAGAUGUUCGUAGACGGCUCAGUAAACGUGAUUUACAAACUUUGCAAUUAGAAGCACCCAUUACAAAAGUGAUCGGCCUCCUUACAGCCUCGAUUAAAGAAGAUACAGCGUCCGAGACGAAACUACAAAUCGAGAAGGCGAUUGAUAUUCUCAAAACUACCGAACUUUAUUCACCAGUUUUUAAAGAACAAGGUGAUCCAGCGGCCGAUUUCAUCGAGGCCUUAAUUACACCAAAAAAAUCAUGGGAUGUUAAGAAACCAUCGGUAGAAUCAAUUCGAGACACCCCUUCAAAAACAUUAGCUGCCUCUACGCGUAUGCAGAUCAAAGGUUACAGGGGUCCUCAAGAAAUUGCAGAAAUUCUAGAGAAGUCUUUGGAAUGGGAUUUCGAUAUAUUCAAGUUAGAAGUAUUAACGGAAAAAAGAGCGCUAUUAUUUUUGGGAAUGACUAUCAUGAAUCUAUUUCGCGUCCCAGCUAGACUUGGUUGCGAGGAAAAAAUUGUACAAAAUUGGUUAAUUGUAAUAGAAGCUAAUUACGACAGUAUGAAUCGUUAUCAUAAUUCAACACACGCUGCAGACGUAUUGCAAGCUACUGCUAUGUUCAUGCAAACGGAAAGGCUGAAACAGGUUUUGGAACCUUUAGACGAAGUCGCAGCUUUGAUUGCAGCUGCUGCUCACGAUAUUGAUCAUCCUGGUAGAUCGAGUCAAUUUCUGUGCAAUUCUGAUAACAAACUAGCGAUCCUUUACAACGAUUUGACCGUUCUUGAAUCACAUCAUGCAGCAUUAACAUUUAAAUUAACGUUAUCAGACGAUAAUGUGAACAUAUUUAAAAAUCUGGAAAGAGAUACUUAUAAACAGGUUCGCCAAAGUGUGAUAGACAUGAUUCUAGCCACCGAGAUGACGAAACAUUUUGAACAUCUCGCGAAGUUUAUGAAUGCCUUCAGCACAAGAAUUCCAGAGAUGUAUAUCGAAGGUUCUCAGGAUUUAGAUAUAUCGGCUGCGAUGCUACCAGAGAACAUAAUAUUGGUGAAAAGAAUGAUAAUCAAGUGUGCGGACGUGUCGAAUCCUACUCGACCGUUGAAAUAUUGCGUCGAAUGGGCCAGACGAAUUGCAGAAGAGUAUUUUAGUCAAACUGACGAAGAAAAACAAUUGCAUCUUCCAGUAAUGAUGCCAAUGUUCGACAGAAUAACAUGCUCGAUACCAAGAGCGCAAAUCGGUUUUAUCGAUUUCAUUAUCAACGACAUGGUCGAGGCAUGGGAUGUAUUCAUCAAUAUGCCGGAGAUAGUGGGAUUUAUGAGACAAAAUUAUGAUAAAUGGAAAGAAUAUAACGAGAAAGGCAUAACAACUCUACAGGACAUCGAAAAGAUACAAGAAGCAAUUCCUGAACUUAACCUACAUUCUACGACCGUAUGACCCAUGGAAAAAAAUCGCCUUUUUCAUUUGUCCGUCCCAAAACGCAAUAGUUUUGUGCAAGUGAUUUGUAAAAUAUUCAUAAUAUUUAAAAAAUAGAGAUAAAUAAAUACGUUGUACAGUUGAAACUUUUUUUUUUUUAGAAAAUACACGUAAUUCAACUAUC